GCCCUUCUUCCGGGAGCGAGGAUGCAGACUCUAGAACUGCUGCUGCUGGGCUGAGGCGGAGGCAGGGGAGUUGCAAGGCACGCGCGGCUAGUGUGUCUCCUGAUCCCCGAGAGGCGGGGGGAGGUGGAGGGCCAGGAGGCGGAGGAGGAGGGAGAGAAUGCCUGGAGCUGCUGCUGCCGCCGAGAUGCUCCCGGCUCAGGAGGCUGCUAAGCUGUACCACACCAACUAUGUGCGGAACUCGCGAGCUAUCGGCGUGCUUUGGGCCAUCUUCACCAUCUGCUUUGCCAUCGUUAACGUAGUGUGCUUCAUUCAGCCCUACUGGAUCGGCGACGGUGUGGACACCCCGCAAGCCGGUUAUUUCGGGCUCUUCCACUACUGCAUCGGCAACGGCUUCUCCCGGGAGCUGACCUGCAGGGGCAGCUUCACGGACUUCUCCACGCUGCCUUCAGGCGCCUUCAAAGCCGCCUCGUUCUUCAUUGGCCUCUCCAUGAUGCUCAUCAUCGCCUGCAUCCUUUGCUUUACCCUCUUCUUCUUCUGCAACACAGCCACCGUGUACAAGAUCUGUGCCUGGAUGCAGCUCACCUCUGCUGCCUGCCUUGUGCUUGGCUGUAUGAUUUUCCCUGAUGGCUGGGAUUCCGAUGAAGUAAAACGGAUGUGUGGAGAAAAGACAGACAAGUACACUCUUGGGGCCUGCUCUGUCCGCUGGGCGUACAUCCUGGCCAUCAUUGGAAUACUGGAUGCCCUGAUCCUCUCAUUUCUCGCAUUUGUGCUUGGGAACCGACAAGACAGCUUGAUGGCAGAGGAACUGAAGGCAGAAAACAAAGUUCUGCUAAGCCAAUAUUCUCUAGAAUGAGCACAAAAGAAGUCAAACAAUAGCUAAACAAACAGCUUUGUCCAUCAACAUCAAGAAGGAAGACACUUGGGAAAGAUCAGAGUCCAGAGAUGUAUAUGCACAAACGUGAAACAGCCACUCGUCAAAGCAACUUCUGACUCUACAUCUGCAGAGCUUUGAGUGAUUUUCUGGGAGG